GAGUGCAAAUAGCCCAACCUGGGAACAAUAAAUAAAACAUUUAAAAUUAAAUAAACCAGUUAAUCACGGAAAUAUCUACCAAAUUCCCAUCUAUAAAUCCGACGGUAAAUGUCGUUCGAAGCUUUUACAGUAGCCAAUUCUGACACCCGAAUCUCGCAUUUUCCAAGAAGAGGGGGACGUGAUAGAGUCAAAAGAACAAAACCACCCUUCCAGCUCUGCAGCAGUCUCCAUUUUAACUGUUUGCCCAGUCGGUACCUCACGUGUUCUGGACUGUCUUUCUCACAUGACCCUUGUUUGUCCCCGUGAUCAGUACUUCCAACUCCGUUUUUCAGUGUCGCUGAAUAUCACAUUUUAAACUGUAACCUUCAUGGAUAUGCAUGAACAGAGUUUGGACAGCUCUACAGGGAAAUCCGAUUGGCAGCCAUUUAUUAAAAUGGCCGCACUGGUUGACUGACAUGCUUCCCAGACUGCCUCCAAUCUUUAAAAUUCACGAGAAACAGGAAACAGAGGAGAUUCUCCAACUGGAAGGUGUGGGGACAGAGGAGCAGACUGCAGCUACCAUAGAGAGUGUACAGCAGGCCGCAGCUUUUGCGGAUCAUAAUGUUCAAUACCAGUUCCGCACAGAGAACAGUGGAGGACAGGUGACCUAUCGUGUGGUCCAAGUGACAGAUGACCAGCUAGAGGCAGCAGGCGACGGGACUGGGGCAGUCAGUGUGGUUUCCACUGCUGCAUUUACUGGAGUACAGCAAGCAGUGGCGCAGGCUGUCAUUCAGAACCCCUUCAAUAAUGGGGGUAGUCCAGCGGGGGAGACAGUGGGUGGGGAAACGCGUUUUGCCUAUUUCCCUGCUGCCACAGUCAGUGUCAGUGAUGGGGCAGCCACAGCAGUGUCUGUGCAGGCUGACCCAACACUCACACAGGCCGGAGGUCAGUUCUAUGUGAUGAUGAGCCCACCUGAUGUGUUGCAAGCUGGCACGCCAAGGACCAUUGCCCCUCGCACACAAACCUACACCACAGACCACGGUGAAAAUGAGAUACUACAGCAUGGCAGUUCAAACUGGAAGAUGGAUGGUCCACGGGCACCUAGGGAUGAGAGAAGGAGAGCACAACACAAUGAAGUGGAAAGACGGAGAAGAGACAAGAUCAACAACUGGAUUGUCACCCUCUCAAAGAUCAUCCCAGACUGCAACAUAGACAGUACCAAGACUGGAGCAAGUAAAGGAGGGAUCCUGUCGAAAGCGUGUGACUACAUCCGGGAGCUGAGACAGAAUAACCAGAGAUUGCAGGACAGCUUCAAAGAGGUGUUGAGAGUUCAGGCAGACAACGAGCAACUCAAACAACAGAUUGAGGAGAUGAAGAAUGACAAUGCAUUGCUUCGAGCUCAGCUACAACAGCACGGCAUAGAGAUCAAUGGAGAUACGACACCACAGUGAUCUACUGGACACACACACACUCUUACUUACUCACUGGAACACUGGUAAAAUACAAAUACUUAUAGAAUGCAUGAAAGUACACAUGCUCAGGUGUAUGCAUCAUCAGAAAUUGCCACGCAUACACACAGAACAGAGGGCUUGAGAGGAAGAAGUGGACUGCUGACUGAUCAACCCCCACACACACUCUGUUCCAAGGCUGAAAGCUGAAAUUCAUGACUCUGUAACUAAAUUAGUUCCCCACUUCUGCUCAAAGAAUAGCCAACUCUUCAAAUGUUGUGCAUUCAACUGUUUUUGUUAUGGACAAUGACAAUUCACAUUUAUUCUGUUUUAACCUGCUGCAGUUUUCUAUGACUUUUUUUGGCAUUUGUUGUGAGUUAUACUACCGUGUCUGACAUGAAUGAAUCCGUUUGUUUGUCAUUUAAUGUAUUAGUUUACAAUCAUAGUGCAAAUAUAGGGCUGAAUUUUGCUGUUCCAUUUUCCCUUAGAGAUUACAAACCAUGGUAGACAUCAGUCACCUUCAUCCUUUGAUGCACACCAUUUCAAAGGGUUGUUUCGUUGUCAAGUGGAGGUAGAUAAGAGAAUAUUGAUUUAAGCUGUUUUAAAGGCCUGCGAUGUAAAGGUAUGGUUGUUGUAUUAACACUAGGCCUGACAUCGCAUACGAGCAGGGCAGUAGGUGAUAGCAUAGCUCAGGUCAUUAGGACAAUAUAUAAUAUUGGUUCCCAAAUGAAUUUCAGUCCCCUCUUCCUUGCUUUAAUUGCUCUUAUCUCUUGUAUUGUCCCAUCUGGUGCCCAGUAAAUCAUUUAACCUGAAUAUCAGUCUCACUAUAUGGUAAUGAUGCAUAUUGGGCAUGAAAUCAUGGUAUGUAUCUGCUUGUGAUAGGUCAUUUACCGGAAUUCAAUACAUUAAUUGGAGCAUGUGUCAGCGUUGCCAUGUAUAAGAUGAUAAAUAUCCCUGAGUCUCUAUGAUAGGGGAUGUUCAUUUACAGGCAUUCAAUUCAAAUUUGGGACACUGGGUAACUCAACUAAAUAUUGAAGAUCUGAAGGAGAGUUGUCUAUUAUGGAAUUUCACCAUGUCCUCCAGUAAUUUAUAUGUUUGGGAACCAGUGCUAUGAAGGAUAAUUGUAGCACAUCCCAGGUCAGUAGUGCUUUAAGGAAUUGUUUGUGAGUGAAGGUUGUCAGCAUCCUUGUUUUAUCUCCACUGAAAGCAAGCACAGCAUGGCAUUCUAACCACUGGCAAGAUUUAUUCCAAUUGUACAAUAAAAUUUCAAUGUUUAUACCAUAGCAUUGACACAAUCAUUGGUUUGGUUCUGUAUUAAGGUGGAGGUGCAUUUUCUUGAGCUAUAUGCCCAAUUCCAAGUCGAUCCCUAGGCCCUACACUUGGAUUGCAUUCUGAUUGGCUCGGUGACAUUUUCCGCAUUGCUUACAUCAUAUCCUUUUACGCCUACACUAGUGCCUUGGGGAUAGAGGCAGGAGGUGGGUUUGGAAUUGAGCUGCAGUCUUAAAGAAUUUCUGAACCAAUCCUUUACCAAAUCUGUUUUGAGGGGUCCAGACACGCUAGUGAUUUCACUUGGUUUUGAGAAACUUGGACCACCCGCAAUAGACUUCCUCAUUGCUCGUUCUGCAGUAUGCUGCUUCUCCGUGUCGCCCGCUCAGCAGAGCUGGUAGGGGAAAUGGCUUGAGUCGAAUCAAAUGGAAUAUAAUGUUGCGGAUAAAGUUGAAGUUGUGUUAUUCCGAAGUGUACAACAUCUAAAGACCUGCAUCACUAUACUGAGAGUGUGGCCAUUUCUAAAAUGAUGUAUUUUUCCGUAGCUCCUAUACUGCAGAACGAGCAAUGAGAAAAUCUAUUUCGGGUGGUCCAAGUUUCUCCAAACCAAGUGAAAUCGUUAAAAAAAGUGGACACUUAUAUAACAUACUAUUUACAUUAAAAAAAAAGAAUAAUAUUUGUUCGGACAUGGUGAAGCAAUCCUUUACCCCCUUAUAAAAAAAAUGUGGGGGCAUCUUGUCUGUUUAAAACACCUGAUCCAGGGGAGUGGCUAAUGUUUUCUGCUCGCUAUAAUUAUCCCUAUCUGGCUCGAAGUACCAUGAAAAAGAGUGGUCCUGUGAGACCGAUAUGGACAACAAUAUACUAUAUAACUGAAACAAAUAUGGACAACAGACUUUAGUUUCAUUAGCAUGAGCUAGCAGGGAGAAUAUAGUUGCCAUGUAAUUUUGAACUUGUAGGUCAAUUUGUCUUUUAUUGCCAAUACGGCUGUCCCCGACUGAAAACUCUUGGUCCAUCAAGAGUCAGCUGUUCUUUCGACCAAUCGAUUGGUCAAACAUUUGUAAACAUGUAUUUUUCCAUAUAUAGACACACCCAAUGUGUUUUAAUAAAUUAUACUAUAAGCA